CAGUGACGUUUUACACACAAGUCUCUCACUGGAUGUUUAUUGUUUGAGGCAGGGCUGCAGUCAACGGCAGGAUGUUGCGGCUACGCUGUAAGACCAAAAAUGGGAGCCACAUAAUGCAAGGCUUGACUCACCAGUCCUGUGUGCAAGAGCUGAAGAGCAAGGUGGAGGAGCUGACUGGUAUCCCCUGUGAUGUGCAGAAAAUUAUGGUUGGAUACCCUCCAUCUAGCCUUGAUCUUCGAAAUGGAGAUGCUCACCUCAAGGAUUACCCCAUUAAAUCAGGUGACACACUCAUUGUGGAGGAAGAAAAGAACAAGCCAAAACCUCAGGAUCAUUCCACUGUGAAUAAAGUGCCGCGCCUUGAAGUCUCACCUGUACUGACACGUCGAGUGGUUCCAGCUGAUAACUCCUGCCUCUUCACCAGUGUCUAUUAUGUGGUUGAAGGGGGUGUAUACGACCCUGGUUGUGCCUCUGAGAUGCGAGGCCUCAUUGCCCAGAUCGUGUCAAGUGACCCUGCCGCGUACUCUGAGGCAGUGCUGGGAAAGACCAAUGAUGAGUACUGCUCUUGGAUAAGACGCGAUGACACAUGGGGAGGAGCCAUUGAGGUGUCAAUCCUGUCCAAGUUUUAUCAGUGUGAGAUCUGUGUGGUGGACACUCAGACAGUGCGAGUGGAUCGAUUUGGGGAGGAUGCUGGGUACCACAAACGCGUGCUACUCAUCUACGACGGCAUCCACUACGACCCCCUGCAGAAAGAAAUGCCCGGCUCUGACGCCCCACCCCAAACUAUCUUCUCUACUGCAGAAGAUGUAAUCCUUGCUCAAGCCCUCGAGUUGGCAGACGAGGCUCGACGCAAACGGCAGUUCACAGACGUUAACCGCUUUGCAUUGCGCUGCAUGGUGUGUCAGACAGGCCUGGUGGGACAAAAGGAAGCUCGUGAGCAUGCCAAGGAGACGGGCCACACCAAUUUUGGUGAAGUGUGAAACUUAAGUUGUCUUUUCUCCCAAAUACAACCACCACUAACCCUGUGUCCCACAUGUGGCAACUCUGUCUGUGUGUCUGCUUGUGUGAUCCUCUACCUCACAUUGUCCAGUGACAUCUAUGGAGAAUCUGCAGGCAUGGUGUUCAGCCUCUAACUUGUUCAGUAUUACUUUAAAACUAAUCUCAGUUUCAGAAGCACUUCUGCAGUACUCUGAUGUCAUCUGACCAUCAUUUUAGUCUGUUAGAUGGUUUAAACACUGCUUAAUUGGAUCAUAUAUAUCAAAGCAGUUCUUAAGGUUUGUUUUAAUCCGUUAAGAUUGUCACUGUUGGGUUGCACUUCACUCAAACAAAACAAAUAGUGACAAAAAUAUAUCAGUGUGGGUAAAAAAG